AUGCUAUUAUGUUUUGCCAUAAUGUUAUUCUUUUUUCCUCCAAAUAUUAUCUUAUGUGAAAAAGAUGAAGAAAAAUUCAUCUUAGUGGAUACACCUGGAUUCACAAAUGAAAAAAAUAGUUCAAAUGAAGUAUGGUCGAAUAUUGAUAAAAUUAUUGACAAUUCAUAUGAACAUGGAGUUCAUGCUAUUCUUUUUGGACAACGUUUUUCAUCAGAUAGAAGGUCUCAUUUAGAUGAAUGCAUGAAAAAAUUAAAUAAUAAAAAUGUAAUAAUGGUAUUUACAAAAUGUAACAUGGCAGUAACCAACAAUCCUGAAAAUAUGAAAGAUUCUUUUGCGGAUUUUAUAAAAGAAUACAUCAAAAAAGUUAACAAUCGAUGGGUUGUUGCACCAGAUCCUAAUAUUUUUGCUGAAUGUAAUGAUGUAAUUACUAAGAAUAUGAAUGAUUUAAAAACAAUGAUUUCCAAAAUUGAAGAGCCUUGGAAAAAGGAAAAAAAACAUAAUUUAUGGCAUAUCCCUUUUUAUUUUACGAGGAUUCCCACGAUUUCUAUGAUUCCCACUAUUCCUAUGAUUCCGACGAUUUCUACGAUUUUCGCGAUUUUCACGAUUCUCGCAUAUUUAUAUAUGAAUGUGCCUUAUCAACCUGAAUUAACAAAAGCUAAAUCCACAAUCUUCUUAAUUGGGGAAACCGGUUCGGGGAAAAGUAUGUUAGGAAAUUUUAUAGGAAAUAUUACUGGUAAUGAACUUUGCAGGUUUGAAGUGAAGCGUAGUAAAGUUCCUGUCACCAAAUAUUGUGAAGAAUGCUCGUUUACUAUCAACAACAAUGUUUACAAUGUUAUUGAUACACCUGGGUUAAACCAUGACUCAAUUCAAAAAAUUGAUGAAUCAAUCCACAAAAACCUUAAAAUAAAUGGAACCAAAGCGAUUUUUUUCGUUCUCGAUCCGAUAUAUUAUGAAAGCUUCAAUAAUACAAAAGAAGUCAUGAAACAAUUUGAUGACCAAGCUAUUAAAAUUGCGGUGUUUACUAAACUUAAUAAAGACCAAAUAAAUAAAUGUGCCGGGAAAAAAUCGAUUGAAAAGUGUCUGGAAGAAAUAACUGAAGAUACGAAAAAAUUAUUGAAAGAUAUUAACUACAAUUGGACUAUCUUUCCAAACCAAGACUUGCAAAAUGAUGUUAUUAGUAAACCCACGAAAGAACUAAAGAAAUGGAUAGAAACCCAUUUAAAUAUUGUGAAACCACGAAUUAAUUAG